GGCCCCCUCCACCUCCACCACCACACCCUGCAUUCAAGUUAUGAUGCACUGCAUGGGCUGUAUACUUCUGCCCUACAUAAGCACCGGGCUGCCACAGCUUGUUGUGGAUUAAACAUCAGCUGAGCGCAGGACUCUUCUGUAGUGGUUGAGAUGGCAGAAGGUGGGGCUGAAGGUGAACUACCUCAGAGGCGUCCUAGUGCAAAGGAGCAGCAAAACGCAGAUCUGACGGAGUCGGUGCUGUCUGUGGAUGACAGGCUGCAGAAGGACCGUGAGGAGCGUGAAGCCUUGGUUUUAUGGAAGAAACCCCUGCUCACACUCUUCUACUUCAGCCUUGAGCUGCUCAUCACCCUCAAAGACUGGAUCUGCAGGCUCUGGCAGCAGAGACAGACUGUGUUUGCCUUGCUGAUCCUGCUUAUCCUCCUCUCUAUUGCCUAUUGCGUUGAAGGGACACACCAGAAGUAUGUGCGCUACAUUGAGAAGAAGACGCUGUGGUGCGCCUACUGGGUUGGCUUGGGCAUCCUCUCCUCGGUGGGUCUUGGCACCGGCUUGCACACCUUCCUCCUCUACCUGGGACCACACAUAGCAUCGGUGACCCUGGCCGCUUAUGAAUGCGGCUCGGUGGAUUUCCCCGAGCCACCCUAUCCGGACCAAAUAGUCUGUCCCCAGCAGGAGGCACCAGUAUCAAACGCUGAGGCUGAGUGGGUGGAGGUUGCGGGGGCAGGUGGGGCGGCAGGGUCAGGAACCCUCCAGGGAGCCAUCUCUCUGUGGACCAUCGUCUCCAAAGUCCGCCUGGAGGCUUGUAUGUGGGGGGCAGGUACAGCGAUAGGAGAACUUCCUCCCUACUUCAUGGCCCGAGCUGCUCGACUUUCUGGCGCCGACCCUGAAGAUGAAGACUACCAGAAGUUUGAGGAGCUGCUGGACCAGGCAGAGUCCUCACAGGAUUUCGCCACCAGAGCAAAAGUAGGAGUACAGAAACUCAUCCAGAAGGUCGGAUUCUUUGGGAUUUUAGCCUGUGCCUCUGUGAAUUCCGAACCCUUGGUUGAUCUGGCAGGAAUAACAAUGCGGCCCUUUCUGGUUCCCUUCUGGACUUUUUUUGGUGCAACGCUCAUGUGAAAAGCAUUCAUCAAAAUGCACAUUCAGAAACUGUUUGUGAUCGUCACCUUCAGCAGACACAUCGUGGAGCAGAUGGUCACCCUCAUCGGAGCUGUUCCACUGCUGGGUGCGGCACUGCAGAAGCCCUUCAGGGACUACUUGGAGGCCCAGAAGGCCAAGCUGCACCAUCGCGCCGGCGAGGGGAUCCCAACUGAGGAGAGCUGGCUGUCAUGGCUCUUUGAGAAGGUUGUGGUCUUCAUGGUAUGCUUCUUUGUCUGCUCCAUUGUCAACUCGAUGGCCCAGAGCUACGCCAAACGCAAGCAGCAGGAGAAGUUCUCAGCAGGCAAAAUGGACUGAAGGCCGGCCCGCCGUCACGUCGAAGCGUCAGGAGCCCCGCUGCUCCUGGGCCCCACAUCUGCCCCUGAUAGCCCACCUUCACCCCUAGACAAAUAUCAGCCUCCGUCUGGUUUCUGUCUUGUUGUUGUAGCAACAUGUUUAUGUCGAACUUGGACUUGCAUUUACUUGCUUUUGAAGGCUUUGCAUUUGGUAGUGAUUUCUGCGAUUGUUGUGUGUAAGGUAGGUGCUAGCUUGUGUGUGUGUUAAACGUUGUGUUAUUAAGGCUUUGGCGUUAGGCAUCUCCUGAGCACGUGAGAAAAAGCUGCAGGCGGUAAACGUCCUCAUUCAGUCAUUAAGUUGCACAGUUGGUUCCAGUAGAAGAGGAACCUCCAAGUCUUAGUCACUUGCAGUGACUUUUUCUGAAUAAGCUAAGGUUGUUUUUGUUGAUUAUUUUAUGAAUGUUCUAGAAAACAGCGCCAAGGUUCAGUUACUUGUCGAACGCCUCAUUUACUUAUUAUCUCUAAUUGACAGUUAAUGAAUUAAGUUCCUGUGUAUUUCUUAGCUUCUGGGGCUGAUGUGCAGUAUUGUCCAUGCGCUGUCGACUGUAAAGAACUCAGUGUAAGUGAGUUUGAGUAAAAGACAUGAAUUCCUGUUUGUCCCUGUACUUCAGACUGUGUGCUCAGUAAAGCUCAUCUGGGUACUUUUGGAUGAGAAAUGAUAAAUUGGGUCUGAAUCACCCUGCUGGUCCCUUUGUCUGCCCUUAUUGUUCUGCUUACAGGAAGACAGCCCAUGAGUCAGCCUGGGGCCGCUCCAGCAGAUGCAGCCGAAUAUUGAAUCACAUCUACCAGUGUGUGUGAAACAGACACACACACACAUAGUAGUUUGUGUUGGAGUGGCCGCCACAUUUGUCGCUCUCCCUUUUAUCUUUUAUGGAUUAAAGCAGAUUGUGCUCCACUAAUAGACUAGUCUGCCUGGAAGUCUGAGGAUAGCACAGCCACAGCUCCCAUUCACUUCCCCAGCCGUGGUAGGUGUUUCUCUUUGUCUUUACUUGUCCGUGGAGCUUUUUUUUUUGCGUCCUCACCACAACAGGCUCAUGUUUGACAUUACACCAGCAGCCUCUAAAGCGACGCUCAUUCUCAGUGUUAAUUUUUGCCUCUUUUUGUUCGUUGGAUAACACCAGCUGGCUUUAGAUCUAUGCAGUACCUUCUUUUUUUUCCAGCCAAACCUGCUCUUUUUUCUUCUUCUCUGUGCCGCUGCUGUGCUACGCUGGACUGAGCGCAGUGGGCGCUAGAGCAGGCACAAGCGGGAGGGAAAAAAAAAAAAAAAACCUCCAGCGCACAGUGAAAAGCGUCUGUACCGUUACCUCAGCUGAACCUUCGAAUGAACUCGUUGCACUGCCCCAGUCACGGAGCCAGGAGACGAAUCACUCGAGUAGAUUCAAAACAGAGGGGUACUGUUGAGCGGCUGAACCCUGCGCUCGGCUCUCACUCCACUCACAGCCUUCACAUCUCCUCUCUCCUGCCACGGUAAGUAGGAUUAGGAUUUUUUUUUUUUUCUUUUUUCAUUGUUGUCGGUUUCUGUCCAUGUGUUCGUCUCAGGCAUGUCCGUCACUCUCUCGGCCUGUCAGAUAGCUUAUCAGACUGGUGUUGGCUGUUAAGAUUGCAAGGCGACAACAGUCUGUAGGCUGUCUGACAUUUCGGGCUCUUUCAUCUGACCAGCAUCCUGUUUUGUCCUCCUUCUGUUACUGUCAUUGUCUCAGUUAGCAUCAGUUCCCAUUCGGAGGUGUGUGCCGCAGUGUCACUUCCCUUUUAUCCCAACGGCUUGUGAAACGUCGGAGACAUGAGUCUAUUGUUUAUUUCCUCCAUGCUGACGUCCGUGAGGGUUUUUUUUAUGUGGUUUUACGUGGGGAAGUGUGUUCUCGCAUGUUUGCAAGCGCAGAUGCGGUGAUGUCAGCAGCGUACGACUGUGUGUGUGUGUGUGUGUGUGUGUGUGUGUGAGUUGGCUCUGUCCUCUUGAAUUUCCAGAGAAUCCAGACAGUACACACCUUAUUGCAACACAUUACAUUGUGACACUCAGUCCUAGGUAUGGUACACGCAGUGCUCACCCAGCUCUCCCCUUCCCUUUUACACUUCCCUCUUCUCUUUUACUCAGAACUUUCCUCUGUUGCUCAAUACUCACUUUUUCGUAGGAGGCGUUUUGCCUUUUUAUUGGAGCAGCUCUCUUAAGGGGCUGUUUUUGCGAGGGCCACAAAUUCGUAAUUAUACAAAGCUGAAAAUCAUUGGAUACUCCUGCCACAAAGCCUCAGUUUUAUUUUGGAUUUCUCUUUUUUUUUUUUUUUUUUUUUUUUCUGCUACAAAAAAGGGGUAAAACUUUUUCUGGUCAUGAAGGCAGAAUCAUUGGAUAACACUGGAAUGACUUGCUGGCUCAGGGAGUGUGUUUUUCUUGGCAGUUUCAGAAUGUCCUGUUCCAUAAGGGAGCCCCCUUUUGGCAUGUGUCUGAAUAUGUGUGUGUGUGUGUGUGUGUGUGCAAAGCUUUUCUACAAAUUCUGUUUCUAUUUCUCUGUGUAAGUGCCUGUAUUUCUACUCUAAAACAUGUCUGUGCCCGGCUUAUUUUCGAGGUGUACACGCUGUUUUUUUUUUUUUCACCUGCUUUUCCUAUAAAUAAAGUUUGUUGAAAAGAG